AUGACUGAAAGGAAUAGAAUAGAGUACCACAAGCAACAACUAAACUUUGCUAAAAAAGUCGGCGACAGGGCCGGACAAGGACGUGCCUAUGGCAAUCUCGGCAAUGCUUAUGACAGCCUUGGCCAAUUCCAACAAGCAAUAGAGUACCACAAGCAAGACCUGAGCAUUGCAAUAGAAGUCGGCGACAGGGCCGGACAAGGACGUGCCUAUUGCAAUCUCGGCAUUGCUUAUCACUGCCUUGGCCAAUUCCAACAAGCAAUAGAGUACCACAAGCAAGACCUGAGCAUUGCAAUAGAAGUCGGCGACAGGGCCGGACAAGGACGUGCCUAUGGCAAUCUCGGCAUUGCUUAUCAAUCUCGCCUUGGCCAAUUCCAACAAGCAAUAGAGUACCACAAGCAAGACCUGAGCAUUGCAAUAGAAGUCGGCGACAGGGCCGGACAAGGACGUGCCUAUGGAAUCUCGGCAAUGCUUAUCAAUCCCUAUUUCAACAAGCAAUAGAGUCCACGGCAAUGCUUCGGCGAUCACAUGCCUAUUGCAAUCUCGGCCAAUUCCAACAAGCAAUAGAGUACCACAAGCAACACCUGAGCAUUGCAAUAGAAGUCGGCGACAGGGCCGGACAAGGACGUGCCUAUGGCAAUCUCGGCAAUGCUUAUCAAUCCCUUGGCCAAUUCCAACAAGCAAUAGAGUACCACAAGCAACGCCUGAGCAUUGCAAUAGAAGUCGGCGACAGGGCCGGACAAGGACGUGCCUAUGGCAAUCUCGGCAAUGCUUAUCGCAGCCUUGGCCAAUUCCAACAAGCAAUAGAGUACCACAAGCAACACCUGAGCAUUGCAAUAGAAGUCGGCGACAGGGCCGGACAAGGACGUGCCUAUGGCAAUCUCGGCAAUGCUUAUCAAUCCCUUGGCCAAUUCCAACAAGCAAUAGAGUACCACAAGCAACACCUGAGCAUUGCAAUAGAAGUCGGCGACAGGGCCGGACAAGGACGUGCCUAUGGCAAUCUCGGCAAUGCUUAUCAAUGCCUUGGCCAAUUCCAACAAGCAAUAGAGUACCACAAGCAACACCUGAGCAUUGCAAUAGAAGUCGGCGACAGGGCCGGACAAGGACGUGCCUAUGGCAAUCUCGGCAUUGCUUAUCAAUGCCUUGGCCAAUUCCAACAAGCAAUAGAGUACCACAAGCAACACCUGAGCAUUGCAAUAGAAGUCGGCGACAGGGCCGGACAAGGACGUGCCUAUGGCAAUCUCGGCAAUGCUUAUCAAUCCCAAUUCAACAAGCAAUUCCAACAAGCAAUAGAGUACCACAAGCAACACCUGAGCAUUGCAAUAGAAGUCGGCGACAGGGCCGGACAAGGACGUGCCUAUGGCAAUCUCGGCAAUGCUUAUCAAUCCCUUGGCCAAUUCCAACAAGCAAUAGAGUACCACAAGCAACACCUGAGCAUUGCAAUAGAAGUCGGCGACAGGGGACAAGGACGGACAAGGACGUGCCUAUUCCAACAAUCUCGGCAAUGCAUUAAUAGAAUCCGACAGGGCCGGACAAGGACGGCCAAUUCCAACAAGCAAUUCCAGAGUACCACAAGCAACACCUGAGCAUUGCAAUAGAAGUCGGCGACAGGGCCGGACAAGGAGGGCUUAUCGCAGACUUGGUCAAUUCCAACAAGCAAUAGAGUACCAGGGAGCAUUGCAAUAGGACAGGGCCGGACAAGGACGUGCCUAUGGCAAUCUCGGCAAUGCUUAUUUAUCCUUCGAGGACUUCAAACAAUCAUGGGAACACCACAAGAAAAGCCUUAGCAUUGCAAUAGAAGUCGGCGACAGGAAUGAAGAAGGAAGGGCCUAUGGCGGUCUCGGCUUAGUUUGUAAAUCCCUCGGCGACUUCCAAGGAGCAAUAGAGCAUUAUAAGCAAAGCCUAAGCAUUGCUAAGGAAGUGGGCAACAGGUCCCGAGAGGGAUAUACUUAUGACAAUCUCGGCUGUGCUUAUUUAUCCCUUGAACAAUUCCAACAAGCAAUCGAGUACUACAAGCAACAGCUCAAAAUUGCUAAGGAAGUGGCUGACAUGUUCCUAGAAGGACGUGCCUAUCAGUACUUGGGUAUGGCUCAUAUGUUGUUAGGUUCUCUGGAUGAGGCUGUAGGUAAUUUCAAAUUCAGCGUAAAAGCGUUUGAUACUAUUAGGGCUAGUUUCAUUUCGGAAGAUACAUUGAAAAUAAGUUUUCAUGAGCUUUACGUAUCUAGCUAUCGUUAUUUAUGUCGAGUUCUUAUAGCGCUUCAAAAGACGGAUGAGGCUUUGUACUCGGCCGAACGGGGACGAGCAGCAGCUUUGCUAGAUGCCUUGAAAAUAAAGUAUGGCCUUACAUUCCUUUCGCCCAUUUCAAAUGAAACUGAGGAAGAUUUCGCAUGCAUUUCAAGGAACAUAUCUGUUUUGACAAUGUUUAUUGCAUUGGACGAAGAAACAAUAAACUUGUGGGUACUGGGAAAGAAAACCAACGCUAUUUUUAGGGAAUCAGUACUAAAUAGUGGAAGUGCACACGAAGAUCCCUUUGAUGCACUUUUGAAAGCUUCUUUGAAAAAAAUUGGGGCUGGCAGAGAUGUUAGAUGCGAGAAUCGGUCACUUGAUGUUUUAAGCGAUAAGUCAACUUCCAGUACUCUUGGUGAUGAUAAAAUAUCGAUUCCAUCGCACGAGAAUAUCGACUGGUUACAGCCAUUGCAUGAUAUAGUUUUUGGUCCCACUGAAGACUUACUUGAUGGCGAGGAACUGGUUGUAGUUCCUGACGGCGCUUUGUGUUUAGCUCCAUGGACAGCCCUAAGUGAAACUUUAAGGAUCCGUAUUAUUCCCUCACUGACAAGUUUGAAAGUAAUAAGAGAUUCUUCAAGUGAAUACCACAGUAAAACUGGCGCCCUGCUUGUUGGAGAUCCAUGUUUGAGGAAAGUUACAAAUAAAAGAGAUAUUCCCAUUUAUGAUCAACUGAAGUUCGCAAAAAAAGAGGUGGAGAUGAUUGGAAAACUUCUUAACAGCCAACCACUCACAGGGGAAGCUGCAACCAAAGAAGAGGUGUUUCGGAGAAUAGAUUCAGUCGCUUUGAUUCACAUUGCAGCACACGGAGGAAAGGAAACUGGUGAAAUUGCUUUGGCUCCCAACCCCGGGUGGCAAUCCAAGACUCGUAUCCCUACGGAAGAGGACUACAUGUUGAAAAUGUCUGAUUUACAGGCCAUUAAGCUGACAGCGAGGCUAGUUGGUUCUUAG